GUGCGUUGCCUGGCUGUGAGCUCCGUUUCGGGUUGAAGGCAACCAGAGAACCGGACAGUUCUCAUUUGUUUUUGAGAUACCGUCGCGUGCGGUUCGAUACUGUUAGCUCUUUGCGAUCCGGAUCCGAUCCGGCGGCCUUCCGACGACUCGCGCACAAAGUUUUAAAUUCAAUUUCCGAUGAAUGAAAACCAAACGCACACAACGCACACCGGAAAAUAGGCAUUAAAAAAAAUAAAACAAAAAUAAAAUAGAAAAAAGUUUAUUUAAUAAAUCCUUGGCGGCCAUUUUUUUCGUUGGCACUGUUUCAGCGUACUCGUCGCAGCCUCUGGCCCGCAUUUAUUAUAAUUGCAUCUGUGUUGGGGGCAAUUUGUUCGAGUCGCGGCUGAAUAGCGAAAAGUUUUCACAAAAAUAUAAUUUGCAACACGUGUUAACACAGUGCGUAUGAAGAAUGUGUGCCCAGGAGUGCCCAGCGAGGGUCUACGGAUGUGUGAGUGAGUGAGUGGGUGAUCGCGAGGCGGCACAUGGCUUCGAUUUCGAAAAGUUUUCAAAAAUAAUACAAAUACGAACCGGGGAAAAGCCCCACGGCAAAAUAUUCUAUAAUCUGCUCUGCCAGUUCUAACAAUUGUGGAUAUAUAUUUAUACAAUUUAAUAAAAACAAAUGCACAAAACCGGACAAAAGAAUAACAAACACGGAGAACAAACACGGAUACGUAUCAUCAAUAAAUAAUCAAAAUACAGAGCUCAAAUUACCAAAGAACCCAAACAAAAUCUUAAUUUAGUUUUAGGAAUUAGAGACGCCCUCCCCUAGUUAGUGCUCCACUAGAUACUUCGUCUCCCGCACAAAAAAUGUUACAGCAUCCCGCCACUGACUUCUACGACUUGGCGGCCGCCAAUGCCGCCGCUGUCCUCACCGCCCGCCACACGCCCCCCUACAGUCCGACGGGACUCAGUGGAUCGGUGGCGCUGCACAACAACAACAACAACAGCGCCACCAGCAACAACAACAACAGCAGCACCCUGGACAUCAUGACGCACAACGGAGGAGGAGUCGGGGGCGGGCUCCACCUGAACAGUGGCAGCAAUGGCAGCGGGGGUGGUGGAGUGGCCGGCGGAGGUGGUACCGGUGGCAGGGAGAAUCUGCCCAGUUUUGGAUUCACCCAGGAGCAGGUGGCUUGUGUCUGCGAGGUUCUCCAGCAAGCCGGGAAUAUUGAAAGACUGGGCCGCUUCCUCUGGUCGCUGCCACAAUGUGAUAAGUUGCAACUGAACGAGUCAGUGCUGAAGGCCAAGGCGGUCGUUGCAUUCCAUCGGGGCCAGUACAAGGAGCUCUACCGCCUCCUCGAGCACCAUCACUUCUCGGCCCAAAAUCACGCCAAGCUCCAGGCCCUGUGGUUGAAAGCGCAUUACGUGGAAGCCGAAAAACUGCGCGGAAGACCCUUGGGUGCUGUUGGCAAAUAUCGUGUUCGCCGUAAAUUUCCAUUGCCCCGCACCAUCUGGGAUGGCGAGGAGACGAGCUACUGUUUUAAGGAGAAAUCCCGCUCGGUAUUGAGAGACUGGUACUCGCACAAUCCAUAUCCAUCCCCCCGAGAGAAACGCGAUCUGGCCGAGGCCACAGGACUGACCACCACGCAGGUUUCUAAUUGGUUCAAGAAUCGCCGGCAAAGGGAUCGAGCUGCCGAACACAAAGAUGGCUCUACGGAUAAGCAACAUCUCGACUCCUCCAGCGAUUCGGAAAUGGAGGGCAGCCUCCUUCCUGGCCAGAGUUCCCAGCAACAACAACAACAGCAACAGCACUCACCCGGCAGCAGUAGCGGCCCCAACAACAACAACAACGGCUUGCACCAGCAGCAAUUGCAACAUCUAUCAGCCGACCAGAGCCUGCAACAUCAUCCCCACCAGCAACAUCCAGGCACUGGGAAUGCCGCCAGCAAGGGCAGCAGUGGGGGUGGCAGCGGAGGGGGCGUGACUGCGGCGGCAACCGCUGCCCAAAUGCAAAUGCCGCCCCUGUCCGCCGCCGUGGCCUAUUCGCACCUGCACAGCGUAAUGGGGGCGAUGCCCAUGUCCGCGAUGUACGACAUGGGGGAGUAUCAGCACUUAUGAUUCUAGUUGGAGGCGGCCGCUGCCUCCAGUGGCAGUGGCGGGGUCAGCGGUCUGGCCGGGAUCACGGGUGUCGGCGGCAGCAGUGCCAAUGCCGGCAACAGCAACAUCGCCCACGAGUGGCAGCAACGCCAGCGGCAGCAGGAUCAACAGGCGGAAAGCUUUUACUUCUGAGUCUGAGGACUCGAAGGAUUAAAUCACAGGCUAAACUGCGUAGAAUUCUUAAGAUUCUUCACACCACACCUGCUGGAUAGCACCAAGCUGCAGCACAAUCCUUUGGCAACAAAGGACACCACACACACACACACAUAUAAGAACAACAAAUCUUUAUCGAUCUGUGUAAAUAGCUAGGCUUUAGUUUUUAGAUAACGACUGGAUGGGAUGUCCAGUCGAAAUGCAAAUCAAAUCGAAAUGUGCAAAAAUUAUAUAAAUGUAUACUUUCUUCUUCUUGCAUAAAUUAUACACUCUUAAAUAUAGCCUCUAGAAAUUAUAUUUUUUGUUAAAAAUAAAUUCUAUUAAAUUAUUUUCAAAAUCUA